GCUGGUCGGGAGCGCCUCCCAUGAUGCCCCGCGGCGUGCCCGCUCCUGUCAGCGGUCACCAUGCCUAUGAAGGGCCGUUUCCCGAUUCGCCGCACGUUGCAGUAUCUGGGACAGGGCAAAGUCAUUUUUAAGGACUCGGUGAAGAUCAUGACAGUGAACUACAACACGCACGGGGAGCUGGGUGAGGGCGCUAGGAAGUUCGUGUUUUUCAACGUCCCCCAGAUCCAGUAUAAAAACCCCUGGGUGCAGAUCAUGAUGUUCAAGAACAUGACCCCAUCUCCCUUCCUGCGCUUCUACCUGGAUACUGGGGAGCAGGUCUUAGUGGACAUGGAGACCAAGAGCAACGGGGAGAUUGUGGAGCACAUUCGCAAGAUUCUUGGGAAAAGCGAGGAGACGCUGCAGAGGGAAGAGCAGGAGAAGCAGCGGCUGUCCCAUCCAGCUAACUUCGGGCCCCGGAAGUACUGCCUGCGGGAGUGCAUGUGCGAGGUGGAGGGCCAGGUGCCGUGUCCAGGCCUGGUGCCCCUGCCCAAGGAAAUGACAGGCAAGGGCAGGGCUGCCCUGAGAGCCAGUGCCCAGGACUGAGGUGCUGUGGGGAGACAGCCUCUGCGAGCAAGGAUGCUACAUGUGAGGACCACAUAUGAGGACCCUGCAUGGGAGGGUGUGCAGGUUGCUGCGUGGACAGAAACCCCUACCCUGUCAAUAAAGGCUCCAUGCGCA